AUGGCGUCAAUCUACUUUCACUACAAUGAGCUGCUUCGCUUGAGUGCAGAGCAAGCGGUCAUGACCGAGGACCAGCAGCAGGAUGAGAAGAAGCCUGAGAUGCGAGUCAGGGCGAAAGAGAAUCAAGACGAAGAUGGAGCUCUGAAGACCGACAUUGAAGCCACGCUGGCCGCGCUUCAGCCGCGCAUGAACCGGCUCGCCGAGAGCUCUUGGGCCCAAGCUGUAACACCUCGCGAUAUCGACGUACAUGUACGCAGCCAGUAG